ACAUGCGAAUCUGUAUCUUUUUCCUAAUAGUUUUUUCCUAUGUUAUUCACUACUGAUGGUAAUUAGCAGUAAGGAAAGGAACUCAUUAUAGUCUGUGCUCAGAGUUCUUGAUACCUAAGAUCGUUAUCUUUUGAAGCCAUCUCUCAGAGCAUAGAAAAUUUAUUUUUCUGUAUAAAUUGGAUCAAUGGAGGCUCCAACUCAAAAUGCACAGAUUAAGCGGGAAUGAGGUGAACAGCAGCUGAAAAGGAUUUGUGUGCAAGCUUAUGUAUUUACUCUAGGGACCCUGUUAAAUCAGUGUUCAGGCAUACAGACAGAUUUGAGAUUAGAUGAUUAGGUUCUGGAGAGAUGACCCCGGGUUAGGUUUGCACACAUGGUGCCUUACAACUAAUUUUAAGUCCAAUUCCAGGGUAUUCAACCUUGUUGUGAUUUCCAUGGUACAUAUACAUGCAAAUUGGUAAAAUCUUUUUAAAAAUCUUAGAAUAUUAUCUCUAAAGAAAAGUUAGAGAAAAGAAUUCCAAUGUCAGCGGUUGGACAUUUUCCAAAGAAAAGGCCAUCUGCUCAAGAAAAAAAGCCUACCUCUUACCAUGCACACUCUUGAGUUUUAAUGUCUCACUGUUGUUUUGAGGCAGGGUCUCUGUGGUUAGGCCUUAUGGGACUGUCCCUGUAGAUUAGGCUGGCCUUGAGUUGAGAAAUCUGCUGGUCUCUGCUUGGGAUUAAAAGCAGGUGCCAGUGCACCAGCCUAAAGCCUUACUUUUAAACAUAGUCCAGGAAAGUGAAUGAAAGAAACGUUUCAGUACCCUGGCCCCAGAUUUGGUUACACCUCCAAAGUAGUGUUUCUGCAGAACUUCAACUCCUGCCUUACCUGCCCUGGAGAAAAGCACCUGCUGUGGGAUGUUUUAUUUCGUACCAGGGACUCAAAUGUAGCAGUUCCCAAGUUUGUCUUCUCUAUUGAUUAUCCAUUUUUUGAGGCAGAGUUUCAAUAUAUAUCGCUGGCUGGCCUCAAACUCUCUGCUCUCUGCUUCUUGAAUGCUGGAGUUAAAGGCCCCUAGAAUGGCCUGUCAUUUCUUUGAAAGCACUGUUCUGGAAAGUUGUGCUCUUAACAUCCAGGUUGGAUCAACUGAGAGCACCUCCUGUGCCAUAUUGCAUGGUAAGAAAUCAGGAAAACGAGCCCAAUUUGGCUGUGGUACUGAGGGUGAAACAGCUGUGGUUCACCGAGCUGCAGUAAAGCGUUUCCUCCCAGGUAUUUAUGGGAGAAAUGGCGGUUAUCACAACCACUGAAAGCAUUCUGCCAUUGCCCUCGGGGACAGUAGGGUGCUCGUGGAUGCACGUGCUUGGGGGUUAUUCCCCAGCGGCCAGAGAGUGCGGUGGCCCAAGGCUUUGGCUUUAUCUUUGACAAGGAGACAGGUCCGCAGUGGGGACCAUGGGCGCCUACAGAGAAUUGGCUUCUGGCGACACCCUCGGGAGUGUGGAGGAACAUGAAAUCCACCCUGCCAUCCAAGCCGCCAUAGACCUCACUGCCGGCGCAGCAGGGGCCGCAGCGUGUGUGCUGACCGGGCAGCCCUUCGACACCGUAAAAGUAAAGAUGCAGACAUUUCCCUACAUGUACAAAGGCCUCGCUGACUGUUUCCUAAAGACAUACAACCAAGUGGGUGUCCACGGCCUUUACAGGGGAACCAGUCCUGCACUGUUAGCCUAUGUCGCCCAGGGCUCUGUCCUAUUUAUGUGCUAUGGCUUUUGCCAACAGUUUGUCAGGAAAGUGGCAAGAGUGGAGCAGAGUGCAGAACUGAACGACUUUGAGACUGCCACUGCUGGGUCACUGGCUUCUGCAUUUGCUGCGCUGGUCCUCUGCCCCACUGAGCUUGUGAAGUGUCGGCUGCAGACUAUGCAUGAGAUGAGGGUGGCAGGGAAGACAAAACACAGCCACAACACAAUUUGGUCUAUGGUUAAGAGUAUCUUCAUGAAGGAUGGUCCCUUAGGCUUCUAUCGUGGACUCUCAACCACUCUUGCUCAGGAAAUACCUGGAUACUUCUUCUACUUUGGGGGCUAUGAAAUCAGUCGAUCAUUUUUUGCGUCGGGGGGAUCAAAGGAUGAACUAGGUCCUGUCCCUUUGAUGUUAAGUGGAAGCUUUGCUGGGGUUUGUCUCUGGCUUAUCAUAUUCCCAGUAGACUGCAUUAAAUCCAGAAUCCAGGUUCUUUCUAUGUUUGGGAAGCCUGCAGGAUUAAUUAAAACCUUUAUAAAUGUUGUGAGAAAUGAAGGAAUAUUAGCCUUGUAUUCUGGAUUGAAAGCCACUCUGAUUCGAGCCAUCCCUUCCAAUGCUGCUCUAUUUGUGGUUUAUGAAUACAGCAGAAAGAUGAUGAUGAAUGUGGUAGAAGAAUACUGAAGUGUCUUGAUGAAUCCUUGUCUGAGCACACCAAUGUGAGGACCACAGCUCUACAUGUCAAAGAGUUCAAGACCAACAUGGAGUUAUCUUUGACUGGGAAUUUCGGGUUUGUCUUCCCUUCCUCAGAUCUCAAACCUUGUGGAGAGAUCUUUAUUUAUAGCAUAUGUUUUUUUUUCUGCAAUCCUUCUGAAAUAGGAAAAUCACUACUUUUGCUGGUGGUGGGAUCUACAGGGUGAACCCAAGACCCUAUGUACUUAAUUAUCAGGACUUCUUCAUAAAUCUAUAUAUGCAUCUUGAAUGGUGGUUAUGUGUUGUGAGUGAAACAUAAUUUGGUGCUGUUCAGUGUCAAGUAUCACCAAAAUAUCUUGAGGUGAUCAUGCUUCAUGUUUAUAGGUAUUGCUUAAUUCAUUCAAGAUGUGGGUUAUGGUUUGAAACCUCUUUAAUGUGCACUGCAUUAGGCCGUUAAGGUUGGUUUUUUUUUUUUUUUUUUUAACGUUUUUAGGUGAGCACCAACACAUUUAUGCUGAUUUCUAAGAAGAGAUUGUACCUGUGUACCAGCAUGGCUUCCGCAUUCGAGUAAAAUUUCAUAAUAGGCAUCCUGGAUUUUCUAUGCUGUCCUUAGUGUGGUUAAAGUAUAAUUAGUUAUAUUCUACCUGCAAUGGUAUUGUUAGGGGGGGCAAUGAAUAUCAGAGAAGACUUUGGGAAGCUGUGUGGUCUUUACCUGCAUUAUUUCCUCAUUCUUCUCUUCCAAAGGUAUCAGGCUUUAGAUUGAGGAAGGAGCUAAAGGGAUGGGAUUAUAUAUUGUGCUUUGAUGAUCCAUGUAGAUGGAGAGAAUUCUAAUAACUCCUUGCCUCUGGGUACUGGCCUGGACAGGAAUUCACAGUGUUGGGUUGGUUCACUUUAGGUCUCUCAUCGUUCUCCAUACCAUCACCCAUUUCCCCAGGAAACAAAGUAAAGAAGGCAAGAGUAGGUUUGGUUCUGUUCGGUGACAGAGUGAGAGUCCUGCUAGAUGAAGUCAUCACUUAGGCAGGACUAGUGUGCACUUAGUAGUACAUCACAGUAAGCAAUGUGAAAGGGGUGACUUAACCCCUGAAGUUCACCUUGGGUCCAUAACUGCUUGCAGUGUGGUCAGUGUUUUAGUUUUCUAAAUUUGGUUCUGGUGGUCAGUGUACCUUAAAUGACUGGAUUUACAAUGUAAAACAAUGGACCAUAAGAAAAGCCAUUUUACUAAACUCUACGUAUGCAUAUAAGCACGGACUAUCUCCCAAUAAAACUCCCAAACACACCAAAAUGAGAUGAGUCCCCUUCCCCAAAUUAAAAUUCAGUUUACCUCCAACAGACCUGGAAUUAAGCAGAUGUUCAUGGACCAUAUGAUUUUAGAGUCAUUCUUUAUACCAAUAAAGUAAGUUUCGUCUGUGUUGCUACAAGAUCAACAGGGUCUUUUCAAUAACAGGUGUUGAUACCUAUGGAGCUGAAAGAAGGUGAGGUACCAGUUUAAUAGUAUGUGUGCCCUGUGCCAGGCCUUUAACUUCCUUUUUAAAACCCACUAAGCCAAACUAUAGUUCCAGAUGCAAGAUUCAAGUUAAUUAGAAGAUGACAAAGAAGCCCUGCUGGGGAUAGUUAGCAAGAUGUCUCUCAAUAUUACACGCAGUCUGCUUAGGAUCUAUAGUUGGUUUUUUUUUUUUCCCAUAUAUUUUUUUCUAUCUGAAGCCAUUUGCUAGUUUAGUUAUAAGUUGUUUCUGUGUGUAAGUUCUGUGCACCACACUUUUUGGUCAGUGUAGUCCUCCAGCAUAUAGCAUCUAUGAGCUGGCCUGGCAGCUCUCCUUUCAGCACACUUGCUUCUCACAUACUAUACAUUAAACGUUUCAAUGCCUUCACAGUAGAAAUCAUAUGAAGCAAGCAAGAGUGAAUGUGAGUAGAAGGAAAUAGUCACACUUUUCCAGUUUAAUUAACCCUUGGUUUAACUUUUGGGUACAUUUUGCAUCCUUUCAGAUCUCUAGGUUAGACAGCAGUUAAUAUAUGAACAGUGGAAGUGGCUGGGGUCAAGCUCUGUUGUCUAAUCUUAGCUCUGGGGCGGGACAGGAAACCUGGGCUCGUUGAAACGCAGUUAGGAGACCAGGUCAUGCGAUUUUGUGACUAGGUCUUAUGACCUGGUCUUGUGACCAAGAUUAUGGGAAAUCCUGGUUUGAGCAGUUAAUCUACAUGAGAUCAACCUUCCACCAAUCAAAAGGAAGGAUGUGACCAUGUGACAUAGGAAAUGUUUUACCACAACUGGAGAUCCUAUCCUCAGAACUUCACUGGUCUGUGAGAGCAAAUAUUUACUCUUAAUAAACUUCACUUUAUUCUAAUGAA